AUGGCGGACAACGAUUCAAGCAACGAGGACGAAGCCGAGGAAGACAUUCAUAAUCAAAACAAUCCAACCUUUGUCAAUCAACUGAGCAAUCACUAUUGGACAAUCCAUAAAUUGACCAUCAAAGAUGCCCUGCAGACGGAUUUUAUCCCUUCGGGACAUACCGAUCCAUCCACCUUGUGGACGUCUUCCUUUACUUGCCCAGUCGAUGGCAAGGUCUACCUUGCGAGUGGGGACCUUCCUGGGGAUGAAUAUCGGGUACAAAAGACUGAUCCAGAUGGCGAAACGAGAUGGUAUUAUGCCACCAGAAAGAGUUCCAGGCAUGCAGCUGCCAUGCAAGCGAUUGGGAAUCCAAACAUUAGUACUAGCAGCAGUAGUAGUAGUAGUGGAAACAGCAGCAGCAGCAGCAGUGAAACGACCCAAGAGACCUCGUCCUCUCCUCCCAUUGUCACGCCAAAACAAAAUUUAAAUACAUGGUACCAACGAAAUCAUCAAUUGAACUUGAGUGACGAAACCUUUCGGACCCAAAAGAGAAGUAUUGCAGGUAGCGAGGCCCACAGCAAGGCCAAGGGCGGUGUUUGGUGGACUGCCACCUUUUUCUGUCCCAUCGAUCCGGGCCAAGAAUUCAAGUCGAUGGACAUGUCGACGAUGAAAACGGCAGAAGUUCUGGAUAAGAUUUGGUUUCGCAAAAAGAGCGAUGCGAUUCAAGCGGCAGCAGCUCAUGCACUGUACAUUAAACAAUUGGAGGUGGCAGAAAACAACAAAGCGAGAGUAGGAGAAGAGGACCAUGUAGGAGAAAAUACAGAAGCAGAGGGGAAAAGACAAGAAAAGGGAGCCAUAGAAAAAGAUCAAGCGUUGGCCACUACGGAUACCAUACCAACAACGACAACUGAAGCAUCCAGUGCCACUCGAGUGCCCUUGAUGACUUACUACCAAAAGCAUCACAAACUCAACAUUACCAAUGAUGAUUUUGUCGCCUCCAUGGCAUCCUUCAAAGGCAAGUCGAUCGGAGGCAAUCGGUGGACGGCUACCUUUUUGUGCCCUGUUACGGGAGAACGAUAUGAUUCCAAACAAUUAGUGUCGGUUUCCAGUCCAUCCCAAUGUCAUCAAGAUUCGGAUGGAAUCGUGUGGUACAAACGCAAAGAAGAUUCCAUUGUGGCAGCUGCUUUGGGAGCCAUGGAUACCCUCAAAUUCAAGGAGUCGGGAGUUUUGGAGCCACGCUAUUGCAAAGAAGAUCCAUCUGAAUCCGUUUUAGUAGACGAAGAAUCCCAAACGUUAGAUGACAAUGAUACUGUCGAAAGUACUACGAAUACAAGCACAGUGAUUUCUACUUCUGCUGGAGAUGACAAAUUCGAAUCAAGCGAUGUGCGACAAGUUGAAGACGAGGAGGAUGACGACGAUGAUUACAUCAUUGAGGUUGUACCGCAAGGAUAUGGUUUUGGCAGUAAAUCUGGAAUGGGCAAUGGAACAACGACCUUUGACUUGAUUGCUGAAACCUGGUUGCAAUCGACAAACAUACAACCAACGAUGGAUGCCUCCAAACCGCGUUUUGAUGACUUCAGCAAGGAAAAGAAAGAUGCAAUUGACCGGGCGAUAGCUUGGAUCGAAGUUCAGCGAGAAACCUUGGAUGAUGACGACGGUAGACGCACGCAUUUCGAUGGAAACGAAGCUGAGACAAAUGUCAAAACCGCCAACCUCCUCUUGGAAUCCUUGGCCAGUGCCAAUCAUCUCCUACGAUUGUCCGACAAGCCUUCCGGCAUUGAAAAAGCCGCGACUUCCGUUCUAGAUUACAUGUGGUCGACCAAGUCAUCCAGACCAAAUGCCGAUUCCUAUGCUUCCUACAUCAAGUGUCUCGAAGCAGAAUCUCCGUCGACUUUAUCCAAGAAAGUCCACGACCUUUAUGAUGCCAUGGAAUCUCGAAAGAAGUACAAAGGAGGUCGGAUCUUGCCGCGUCCCAACACUGCUGUCUACAACAGCUUGAUUCAACGGCUAGCGGAGACAGGAACUGAAACAUCAAUCAAGGAUAUCGAUUCCAAGAUACAACCAGAUGAGGAAACUUUUCUUUCGGUACUAUCAUCGAUGAAACACCCUUCAAAUCGGACUGAAUCAAAUGUUGUAUUCGAUGUUGAAAAGGCACAGAAAAACUUGGAACAGAUGAAAGCUUUGUCGGUUCAACCCACAAUUCAAGCAUACAAUGCCCCACUUCGAUGGGUGGGUGGACUGGCAGCAUCACUUUCUAGACCGUAUUCGGAAUGUGCUCCAUGGGAUGCUUAUGAGAGUGACUUUCAAAAAGGAUUCAAAGUACUGCUCAGUGACCACCCAUUGUUACAAGAAGCAACAAAUGUCCAGAAGUGGUACAGCUCGAUCGAAUCUGGCGAAUUCGGAAAAGGCAUUCGCCCCAAUAUCGAAACAAUGGAAAGCCAGAUUCAAGCAUGGGUACGAACGACGACUCGUGAUGGCCUUGAGAAGGCAUGUGAACUUGGAGAAGGCAUGAUCAAUAAGGGGGAUCACCAACUUCGUCUCCAGUCGUUCCAUCCAAUCAUGGCUGCUUGGGUUUACAGUGGGGCUGGAGAUGGCCCGGAAAAGGUCGACUACUGGUUGCAACGGUUACAGUCAGCAGGGCUCCCAGUCGUGAAAGAUGGCAGGUACCGCUCCGCGCCUAUUCUGGCAAGACUGUCACGGCAACGACAACUACUUCGGGAUCAUGACGUUCAUGAAUUGGCGAGUCAAACGACUACAGAUUUCUAUCAAAUGGCAGUCGAAAGCACUGACCACUUGGACAAAUUGAUUGCAGACCACAAACAAAACGAAAGCUUCUUCCUCGAGGUAGAUUCUUUCCAGCUUGCAAUUCGAGGAUGGAAGAAUGUUGGUGACGCAUGUGCGAGAAUGGGCGAUUUGAAAGGAACUGACGAGGCUUUGGCGGCCAUUGAAGAGGUUGUCCGAAGCUUUGAUGAUUUGGUUCAGUAUCUGUACACAUCGGGCGGAGAGACUGCGACGAUUCAGCUUCUCCACUUGCUCAACGGCGCACCUCAAAUCUACAGUGGCGCUUUAUCAGCCUUGAAAGAUUUCGACUCUAUUCAUGCAGCACGCGACAUGGGUGAUGCAAAGCCCAAAUAUUUAGCCAAUCACUUGAUUUCCCUCGAACGAAGCAUUCGUCGAUCAGAAGAGUUUCGAUUGUGCACAGAGGAAAUGAUCACAAAGGCCAAUGCCCUCAACCCUGAGAGCGGUCCAUUCGAGAACGGCGUUUCAUUGCAUUACGAAGACAUGUUCUGUUUCUCUUCGAGCACCUUGAAUCAGCCAGACGUAGCAGCAGCUUGGCCUGCGUUUUUCAUCGAAGUCACGAGAGCUCUUGACGAGAUCAAAUCGGAACCAGGAAGUAGCCAUGAAGUGACUCGUAUUUGCUUGCUCGUGGCAGAAGUUAUGAAAAAGCAAGAAAUGGGAAAAAUAUCCAAUGCGAAGGGACAUGUGAUGGAUGUUCUCAAGAGCAUACAACAGACGUCGCCAGAACUAAUUACUCUGUUUCAUGCCGUCCAACGAGUGUACUACCCAUCAAGGAAGAAGCAUGCAGCAGGUCCAAGCUCAAACUCGCAGUCAAGAACUGCAGAGAUGGACAGUUUUUCCAAUCGUUCGACAAGAAAGGGACUAAGGCGACGAAAACCAAUGAGAAGUAAAACGCAUCAAACAAAAAGUUCAGAUGUGCAACAAAAUGCACCCCAAACACGACAACAGCAUGCUAGCUAG